AAAAUAUAAAACCACAAGCUAAUUCAAAAUAUUAAUAAAUACUAUAAAAGUACAUAAAUAAUUCUAAAAUAACACUGAUAUAUAAAUAAAAGUACUAGCUGAUCUGUUGGCCUAAAAAGCAUAUAAUACCUUCAAGACUUCCUAAAGCUUCAGACAAGGCUUUGUGAAACCAUCAUUCAUAGUCUUGAAAAACCUUCCUUUUCUAGUUUUUUUUUAGCUACUCUGUAUGAAAUGUGUCCAUGCAAACACAGACUCUAGUUAAUUCAAAAAGAAUCACAUGGUCUCUGUGUGUUUAGUCUGACCCUCUUCACACUCCACACACCCAGUGUGACUUUAUGAAAGGUCAGAGGCCUUCCAUUUUAGGGGUCAAACUCAAACUUUUCUCUAAGUCACAUGUCACUCCUUGUAUUGACUUCCUUUGUCAUCAUGGCGUUAUCUAGUAAAAGCAAUAUAGGAGGGACCGGAGUUUAUGGUUUUAUGACUCUGAUCUUGAAACUAUAACACAUUGACACACUCAAACACACUCCCAUCCUGGGACUGCGCUCGGAUCGGAGUUUAAUCUGUCCGCUGGUGAAGUUGAAGAGAGUUUCAUUGGAUAUUGUGUGUCGUCCGUGUGGAUUUGAGACGUUGAUCAUGUCGACUGCGGUUCAGAUGUUGGGCUUCUUGAUGUGUUUGGGGGGCUGGUUGCUCUCCUUCAUGUCGCUGUUGAAUGAUUCGUGGCGUACGUCGUCGUUUGUGGACCAGCUGGUCACGUCUGUGUGGUACUAUCAGAACCUGUGGCAGACGUGUGCGGAGGGAAGCACCGGCGUCACCAACUGCAAGCAGUUUGAGUCGAUGCUCGCUCUAUCUGGAUACAUCCAGGCCUGUCGCGCUCUGAUGAUAAUCGCUCUCGUUCUGGGCUUGCUGUCCGUCAUUCUGGGUGUGUUGGGACUCAAGUGCAUUAAACUGGGCAGCACGUCUGAGGAGUCGAAGGGCAAAAUCAGCCUUACAUCCGGAGUGAUGUUCAUCCUGUCAGGUUUGUGUGUUAUGGUGGCGGUUUCGUGGUACGCCGCUCAAGUCGUUAAAGAGUUUAAUGAUCCUUUUUACGGAGGAACAAAGUAUGAACUGGGCGCCGGUCUGUAUCUGGGUUGGGCGGCAGGAGCUCUGGCCAUAUUGGGUGGAGGAAUCCUCUGCACGUCCUUCAAGAGUUCAGCACCUGCACAAACACGGGGUCACAGCUAUAACUACACUGCUUCACAGCCGCAGAAGAUCUACAGAUCGGCUCCGUCAGAUAACAGCACCUCCAAAGCUUAUGUCUGAGGGGAUUAUUUUUGUACAUGGACAUGCUUUUUUAGUACUUGCAUCUUAGAAUUCAGUCGUAUUUAAUUCCCUAACGUUCCUGAAAGAAUUGCCCUCAUAGUAAUGUUCAGAUAUACAUUACCGUUCUUAUGCAUUUACUUGCAUAUUCUUAUGCAUUUAUUUGAUCAGAAAUACAGUAAAAAUAGUAGCAUUGUAAAAUAUUAUUACAGUUUUAAAUAGCUGUUCUUAUUGUGCAUGAUUCAUCAGUGUUGAUUUCAUCAUAGAUAUUACAUUUUGAUGCAAGAUUUUCUCAUUUUUGGCUGAUGUCGGACUUUAUUUUGAUAUGAAACACCCACUUUACGUCAUCAAAUCAAUUCCCUGCUGUACAUUUGUUUUUCAUCUCAUGUUUCAUGUUUAUAUCAUGUAAGUUGUCAUGCUUAUGUGGAUCAUUUUAGUUUUUUAUAUAAAUGUUACACGGUCUGUUCUGGUGUUUCGGAAAUUGCUAUUAUAUGUGUGUUUCAUGUGAAUAAAACAAUUCUGUGAAGUUUUGAAA